GCGAGGCGCCGCGCGGAACCGCGGCCCCGGGGGCGCACCCGGCGGGGGGGACCGGCGCGCCCGCCGCCGCGGGCCGCGAGGGGCGGCGGGGCGGCGGGGGUGUGGCGCGGCGCGCGGCCGCCGGCGGGGUGGCGGGCGGGGAGGGGGGGGAGGCGGGAGCCCCCCGCCCCGACCCGGCGCCCGCGCGCCGCCGCCGACGGCCGGCGGGCGCACACACGCACCGCACGCGCCCCGGCCCCGCGCGCGCGGCGGGGGCGCGCCGGCGCCCGCCGGGCUCCCCGGGGGCGGCCGCGACGCCCGCCGCAGCUGGGGCGAUCCACGGGAAGGGCCCGGCUCGCGUCCAGAGUCGCCGCCGCCGCCGGCCCCCCGGGUGCCCGGGCCCCCGCGGGGGGACCGCCCCCGCCACCGGGGCCCCGGCCGCUCCCGGCCCCGGCCCCCCCGGUCCCGCCGCCCCCCCACCCGCCCCCCGCGGAGGGGGGAGGCGGGGGGGCGGGAGGAGAGCGGGGGGCGGGGUGGGAGGGAGCCGCGCGGGGUGGGGCGGAGGAGGGCCCGCGGGGGCGGCCCCGGGCGUGGGGCGGCGGGCAGACGCCGCGGCGUCCCGCGGGUCGCCGCCGGGGCACGCGUCCCCGGGGCGCGGACGCGCACACGGGCUCGGCCUCGGGCGCGAGCCGCCCGCCCCGACAGGGCGAGAGCCACGUGGGCCGGCCGGGAAGCGGGCACGGACCGCGGACGCGCGGCCGGGGAAGGAAGGCACCGCAGAGGCGGGGAGGCGGGGGGGGGGGGGCGCGGGGCCGGCCGGGCGCCGGGGAAACACCGCCCGCCAAGGGCAGGGCAGCGAACGACGGCGGACCGGAGACGCGACCCCACACACACCCCCCAACCAACCCCGCGGGGCCCCCCAACCCCGCCACGAGGCACGAGACCGUCCCCAACCCCCGACGACACCCCAAGGGCCAACACCACCCGAAGGCCGCUUGCGGCGCGAGGGAGCUCUCGAAGGGGGAAAAGACACCGACCACGGGAGGCCCGUGGCCUCGGCGCGAGCUCAAAUCCCCUUCUCUCCUCCCCACAGGCGGGGCACCCCCCCCAGCCACGGAGGCAGGGGGAACACCGGGGGCCCCCCCGCCGGCGCCAGGCGACCAACCCCCCAACACAUCCCCCCGAAACGGGGCAGAGCCCUCCCCGCCCCCCCCCCCCAGCUCGCACACCCGCAUGGCCGGCCCCCUCCCCGGGACCCCGUCAACUCUCUCUCCCCCGUCCACCGGGGCCCCCCCCAACCCGCGCCCGCCUUCCCAGGCACCCUUCCCCCGCCGCCGCCGCCGCCGCCGCCGCCGCCACCACCACCGCCACCGAGGGCGGAGGGAAGUGGGGGGGCGGGGGGGCCGGCGGCGGCGGGAGGCGACGGGGCAAGGCGAGCGGCCCCCCACGACGGGGAGCCGCCACCCCGUCACGCCGCACAGCCCGCGACACGCGACCGGAGGACCCGCACCGUGCGGUCCGCGGCCGGUGGGGGAAGGAAGGCAGCCGUGGCCGGCGCCACGGGCGAAGGCGCGUGGGGUCGGGUUGGGGGUGGGGGCGCGCGGAGCACCCCCUCCCCCCCACCCCCCGAACCCAACCUCGAGGGACGUGGCGGGGAGGUCCGGGCGGGCGGGAAGAGGGGCCACACCACCCCGGGAGACGACGCCACCGGGUGGGCGGCGGGGCGCCCCCGACCGGGGAAAGGCCACCCAGCGGACCCCGACCACCCGGGGCGGGGCGCCUCCCUCUCCCCCCCCCCUUGCCCUUCCCAUCCCGCGCCGCGCGGGUGGAGGAGAGAGGCUCGCGAGCCGGGCGGGGGCGAGGCCACCGCGCCGCUCUCGGAACCGACCACGCUCCACUCCUGGUGGUGCCCUUCCGUCAAUUCCUUUAAGUUUCAGCUUUGCAACCAUACUCCCCCCGGAACCCAAAGACUUUGGUUUCCCGGAAGCUGCCCGGCGGGUCAUGGGAAUAACGCCGCCGCAUCGCCAGUCGGCAUCGUUUAUGGUCGGAACUACGACGGUAUCUGA